CCUCUGUCGGUCGCACACAGGCCUCGCCAUGAGGGGCUUCGCCGCCGCCUUCCUCCUCUGCACUCUGCUCGCCCCCCGCGGCCAGGCCUGGCCCACGCACACGGCCUGCAGGGGUGGCAGCCUGGAAAUACUCUACCAGAGUUGUGACCCAUUACAAGAUUUUGGCUUUUCUGUGGACCAGUGUUCCCAACAUUUAAAAUCCAAUCUCAGCAUUAGAUUUGGAAUCAUUCUGAGAGAGGACAUCAAGGAGCUGUUUCUGGGCAUAACCCUCUUGACUGAAGGAACGUCCUUCCUGAGUUACUCCUAUGCCAUCUGCGAGGAGGACCUGCCCAGGUUUUCUUUCUGCGGGAGAAGGAAAGGGGAGCAACUUUAUUAUGCUGGCCCUGUCCAUAAUCUUGGAUUAGAUAUUCCUAAGGGAGAAUACCAGGUGUUGCUGAAACUGUACAAUGAAGACCAUUCCAUGGUGGCCUGUGCCAAUGCUACCGUCAUCAGCUCCUGAGCAACUCGCAGGCACAGCAGUCUGUCUCGUGGGAACUCCGGGCUCCUCCACCGAACCCACUGUGAAGCACAGUCGACGGCGAGGCUUGCCGAAGGGGCUGGCGCGACGUCAGCCCCAGCACUGGGCCUCAGACUCCACAUGGAAUGAAGCAUCCAAGUGACCUGCUUCUAAGGAGGUCCUGGCAUCGCUAAGCAGUCUUGAGGGCCCAUCCUUCUUCCCUGAGUGGUCACCUCACACCGGCUCCUUAGGAGUACUCCCUCAGUUACCCAGAAUAAAGAAAGCUGGCCC